AUGGCGAGCAAAAGGUCAAUUUCCUCUUCAAUGAUACCGCCCAGCCACUUCUCUUACAAUGCCGAGCGGGCAGUUCCAGUCUCCGAAGAAGUGGUCAAAGCAGCAGCAGAGAAUGGAACAUUUGGACCCAAAGUCAUGGAGACUCCCUUGUGGUCUUGUGGUCUCGAGGAGAUAGCCGGAAAUGAUGGGAACCCAGCGACUCUCCUUAUGCCCCCCGCACGGUAG